GAAAAGUGAUGAUCUGAGCUCAUUUUCUAAACCCACAUCCAGUCACACGCACUUCAGAGAGGACACCGAUAUCGACGAUGGCCGAUCACGACCUGGUUCUGAAAUGCUGGGGGGCCAUCGAGGCCGACUUCAAGGGUCACGGAGGAGAAGUUCUGACCCGUUUGUUUAAGGAGCACCCGGACACUCAGAAGCUGUUCCCGAAGUUCGUGGGCAUCUCUCAGUCUGAUCUGGAGGGGAACGUGGCGGUGGCGGCCCACGGAGCGACUGUGCUGGAGAAGCUGGGCGAGCUGCUGAAGACCAAAGGAGAUCACGCUGACCUCCUCAAACCACUGGCCACCAGACACGCCAACACGCACAAGAUCGGCCUCAACAACUUCAGGCUGAUCACGGAGGUGCUGGUGAAGGUGAUGGCGGAGAAGGCGGGUCUGGACGCGGCCGGACAGACCGCGUUCAGGAGAGUCAUGGACGCCGUGAUCGGAGACAUCGACACUUACUACAAGGAGAUCGGAUUCGCCGGUUAAACGACACGCUGAGCGCCACAAACUCCGCGGCAUCACAGAAAAACGCUUGCCUUGUUCAUGCCAUUAGUCAGUAGAAGCUACUGUGCAGCUAAUACGAUCGCAAACUAUCUGCAGAGAACAAAUCAUGUCAAAAACCCACGUAAACAUGCAACUGUGUUUAUAGGUGUUAGUCAGGACAGCGCCAUGUUUCAUUUAGACGGGAAUGAAAACGAGGCUGAAUCACUGGAUUGUACUUUUGUUUGACAACAUACGGAUUCGUUCAGAUGACGAAAUUUAAAACUUUCUGUAUAAUGAAACUCAAAGUUUUGAGAUUUGUUAAAUCACGUGAUCUAGGACCAGUCUCGUUUUCAUCCGCGUUAGAUCCAAGAUGGCGCCUGACCGGAUUAAGGAGCGGAGCCAAUCACGUCCGGUUUAGACUGUCAGCUGAUCUGAUGAUGUUAUGAGUGACCGUAGGCGCGUUAGGGUCUCAGGAGGAGCCUCAGAUUAGGACUAAACUUCUGAAUUGCACAUUAAUAAAAUAAUUUAAAUUUGGGAGACGAUUACGAUUGAAAUUGUUUAAUUCCAGUGAUGCCUCUAUUAUUUUGAAAGGCCAUAGAUAUUUGUUUCUCUACACUUGCUUUGUUUUACUAUUAUUAACCUGCGUUACAAAUCAUUUGCUUCGCUUUUGUUUAGCAACACUUAUUAAUAAACGUUGCUUUUAUCUGCUGAAAAA